AUGAUCCGCUAUGUGCGACAUUUCAUCGCCGUCAUCUUCGCCGUGUGCGCCCCUCCCCGGGCUCAAGGAGCAGGGGGCUCGCGGGAGGAGCCACAGUUUGUGACCGCACGUGCUGGAGAGAGCGUCAUCCUGAGGUGCAACGUGGUCCAUCCGCUCACAGCGCAGCCUCCGCCCUAUGUUGUAGAGUGGUUUAAGUUUGGUGUUCCCAUUCCCAUCUUCAUCAAGUUUGGCUUCUAUCCUCCUCACGUGGACCCAGAAUAUGCAGGCCGUGCCACCCUCCAUGACAAAGCAUCGCUGCGCAUUGACCAGGCUCGCUCACAAGAUCAGGGCUGGUACGAGUGCAAAGUGCUGAUGCUGGAGCAGCAAUACGACACAUUUCACAACGGCAGCUGGGUUCAUCUGACAGUGAACGCUCCUCCAACCUUCACUGAGACCCCUCCACAGUACCUGGAAGUGAAGGAAGGAAGUAGCAUCACUCUAACUUGCACUGCUUUUGGGAAUCCAAAGCCAACCGUCACAUGGCUGCGAGAGGGCGAGUUCCUCGGGGGAACCCCAAAAUAUCAGGUGAACGAUGGCAGUCUGACCAUUUCUUCGAUUGGGCGUGAAGACCGGGGCUCAUACACUUGCCGCGCUACCAGUAUUCAGGGAGAAGCAGUUCACAGUACGCGGCUUCUAGUACAAGGGUCGCCUUUCAUUGUUUCCCCUCCUGAGAACAUCACACGUUAACAUUUCCCAGGAUGCCCUGUUCACAUGCCAGGCUGAAGCGUAUCCAGGAAACCUCACCUAUACCUGGUACUGGCAGGAUGAGAAUGUCUUCUUUAAAAAUGACCUGAAGCUGAGGGUUUCGUAUCCUCAUCGAUGGAACGCUCAUCAUAUUCCGGGUCAAACCAGAGGAUGCUGGGAAGUAUACCUGUGUGCCUAGCAACAGCCUUGGACGCUCUCCAUCAGCAUCAGCAUACCUCACCAUCCAGUAUCCUGCACGAGUAGUCAACAUGCCACCUGUCAUCUAUGUUCCGGUCGGUAUUCAUGGUCAAAUCCGCUGCCCUGUGGACGCUGUGCCGCCUGUCACCCAUGUGAAGUGGAAUAAAGAUGGCCGACCCCUGAAGAUGGAUAAGCUGUCAGGUUGGAAAAUCUUGGAUGAUGGAUCUAUUCACAUCGAGGAGGCGACAGAGGAGUUGCUGGGCACUUACACCUGUGUGCCUUACAAUGCACUGGGGACCAUGGGCCAGUCCCCUCCUGCACGGCUGCUGCUGAAGGACCCGCCCUAUUUCACGGUGCUGCCUGGCUGGGAGUAUAGACAGGAGGCUGGAAGGGAGCUGCUGAUUCCUUGUGCUGCUGCUGGAGACCCCUUCCCGACUAUCACAUGGAGAAAGGUGGGAAGACCUUCAUCCAGUAAGCACAGCGUGCUGCCUAGUGGCUCCCUGCAGUUUCGGUCACUCAGCAAGGAAGAUCAUGGAGAAUGGGAAUGUGUUGCUAGCAAUGUUGUGACGAGUAUCACUGCCAGUGCACACCUCACUGUUAUUGGUACCAGCCCGCACGCCCCUUCCAAUGUGCGAGUUGUGGUGUCCAUGAACACGGCCAAUGUGACCUGGGAGGCUGGGUACGACGGAGGAUUUGAGCAGACAUUCUCAGUUUGGAUGAAGCGUGCUCAGUUUGGGCCUCAUGACUGGGUCUCCAUGCCUGUAGCCAGUGGAGCCUCAUUUCUGCUUGUAGAAUCUCUGGACUCAGAGACGGAAUAUCAGUUCAGCGUUCUUGCACAAAACAAAUUGGGGACCAGCUCUUUCAGUGAGGUGGUCACGGUGCGGACUUUAGCCUUCCUCUCACAACUCCGGAGCCUCUCCUGGUUUUGACCUCACCCCGCUGCCUAAUAGCCAAUCGGACCCAGCAAGGUGUACUGCUUUCCUGGCUCCCCCCAGCCAAUCACAGCUUUCCACUCGAUCGUUACAUCAUGGAGUUUCGCUUAGCAGAGAGAUGGGAGAUUCUCGAUGACUCGAUAGCUGGAACUGAGACCGAGAUCUUGGCAAAAGAACUUUCCCAGGAGACGUGGUACGAGUUCCGUGUUCUAGCUGUGAUGCAGGAUCUCAUCAGUGAGCCCAGUAAUAUUGCAGGACUGUCCAGCACAGAUGUCUUCCCCUCUCCAGAACUUAGCGAUGAAGGUUUUGCUCGCCCUGUUCUUGCCGGAAUUGUCGCCACAAUCUGUUUUUUGGCCGCAGCAGUUCUGUUCAGCACCCUAGCAGCAUGUGUUGUCAACAGGCAGCGAAAACGCAAGUUGAAAAGGAAAAAAGAUCCACCACUGUCCAUUACUCAUUGUCGUAAAAGUAUGGAGUCACCGUUAUCCUCUGGAAAAAUUAGUCCAGAGAGCGUUCGGACUCUCCAUGCCCCUUCAGAAUCUUCUGAGGAUCAGGGUCUACCAUCCAAGAGGCCGCUUAGUCCUGGCCGUGAGAAAGAGCUGUCCUUGUAUAAGAAGACCAAGCGUGCCAUGACCAGCAAGAAGUACAGUGUAAGCCAGGCAGAAGCAGAGGUCACUACACCCAUUGAACUGAUCAGUCGAGGUCCAGAUGGGCGUUUUGUCACAGGGAGUCCAGACCAGGAGCCAGCUCUGCGCAGUCGCCGGAUACAAGGUUUUCCAUUUGCAGAAGAAACUGACAUGUACCCAGAGUUCCGCCAGUCUGAUGAAGAAAAUGAUGAGCCGACUGGAUUAAAGGCCCAGCUCACUCCACUGUCAUCCAGCCAAGAUUCUCCCCUACAGCCUCCGGCCUACAGUCCCAGAUUCCAGCAUCAGCCCCCUGAGGGAAGGCAGCAGGCUUCUGGUCAGUCCCGACCUGGUGGAUACCAUCAUGGUCAUAUAUAUGGAUAUCUUAGCAGCAGUCCUCGUGAUUCUGAUCCUCCUCCACCCUUCUAUAUGCCAGAAGUCAGUCCUCUUAGUUCAGUCAUGUCCUCUCCACCUUUACAUCCUGAAGGAUCUUUUCCACCCAUUCCAGAAGAGAAUGGAGAGAACAGCUCUACCAGUACCUUGCCUCUCACUCAUACACCCACUGGGGGGCGCUCUCCAGAGCAGUGGGGAGCACCAGAGUUCCCCUUUGGAGGCUUGGAUGCUCCCCCAUCUCCUUCUAUGUUUAUCCAACACCGCUAUGAACCUGGGGAGAUGAGGCGUCCUUUGCCUCCACCGCCACCAGAUCCAUUUCCACGAGGACGCCCACCUCCUAGCUCCUUGCAAGUUCCACCAUAUGCUGCCAUCUUGCCUCUGGAACCCCAUCCAGGUUGGUCAGGUCGGCUACCUGGACGCGGCCCUCAUCCUCCCCACCCAACUUCUUGGCAGGAUGCAGCUAUGCAACUGGCUGCUCAGGGUCAGCUCCGGCACACUAGCCAAGGGAUGGGAAUUCCGGUGCUUCCAUACCCAGACAUCCCCGAUCCAGGGUCCUUCGGGAUGGAUGCUCGUUGGUUUGAGAGCCGGACUCGUCCACAAAUGAGCCCCAGGCAGCAUCGUAGACUAGAGCCAAGUAUACAUCAGGUGGUGCUGCAGCCCUCUCGUCUUUCCCCACUAACACAGAGUCCACUAAGUUCAAGACAUGGCUCACCUGAACUAAGUGCUAGAGCCAGGCCUCGGCCUGGCCUGCUUCCCCCACCUUCAGACUGCUCUGGCAUUGCUCUACAGCCUCCAGUCUUUUUACACAAAUCACCUCCUUCCUCUGGAUCCCCAGCAAAGAGCAGCCAUGAUAGUCCAAGCUAUCGGCCUACCCCACCUGAUGCUUCCCCCCAUGCAGAAGGACGCAGAAGAAGAGGAGAAGAGCGUGUACAUGCAGAGACAGCGGUGCUGUGCACUGCAGGGUGA